AUGGCCAGAGCGCUGGAUCUCAUCACACUCUCAGUGACUGUCGCCUUGAGCGCAUACCUCGGUCCUAUCCUUCUUAGUCACCUCGUCUCCAAAGACGUCAUCCACCAUCAUCUCACCAAUUUCAACCUAUCAUUCCUACCGACACCCCUUCAGUCACUCCUCCAGUCACCCCAAACAACAGACAAAACAUGCCCAAAACACACCUACACCACGCACCUCAUAUCCCUCGAUCCCCUCCUAAUCUACAUCCCCAACUUUGUCUCCCAAUCUGAAUCCCAGUCUCUAAUCGACCUCUCAACCCCACUCCUGGAACCAUCCCCCAUCGUCUCCCGCGGCGCCGACUCGGCCGGCUCCCAAGCCCGAACCUCCUGGAGCGCCCCCUUACCAAGCGACUCCCACCUGGUAAACUGCAUCCUCUCCCGCUCCUCUUCCUUCCUCGGCACCCUCCUCUCCCCGGGCCGCGACGAAAUGGGACCAGCCCAAGUAGUCCGCUACACGGACUCUCAAAAGUUCGACCUCCACACUGAUUGGUUCUCCCGUCCAAGGAUCACCGACGAGGACAGAGAGACGGGUAGACGGCGGCUGUACAACCGUGUUGCGACCUUUUUUGUGGUGCUGCAGAGUAAUGUGACGGAGGGGUCGGGGGAGACUUGGUUUCCGAAGGUGAGGCCGAUUACGCCUCAGGCUGGAGAGGGAGACAAGGUGUGGAGGGAGCAUGAGGACGGGGGGUUGGCUUUUAGGCCUGUUCCGGGGAAUGCGAUAUUUUGGGUGAAUUUGUUGGCGAAUGGGACGGGGGAUGCAAGGACUGCGCAUGCUGGCUUGCCGGUGAAGGGAGGAGUCAAGACGGGGAUGAAUAUUUGGCCGAGGAUGUUUUUUGGGCCUGACGCGUGA